UUAUUGCUGGAAUCAUCAACCGAGAAGAAAAUGGCUAGGAGUAUACGAACAAGACUUCUAGCUGUUAUUUUCCUUGUGUCAUCAGUCUGGUUAUUCGUAACUUUAUUUCUUUUUGAUAUUGAGAGUGAAAUAAACAAAACAAGGACUAAAGAUGAAUAUCCAAAUAUAGCUAAAUUUGUAAGAAUUGUUAAAAGAGCAGAUGAUUUCAUGAAACUCCGUGAUCGAUAUACAAAAUCUUACUUUAAUAAGACAUCAUGGAUCAAAUAUCAGGAGAAAAAGAAACGAAGAGAAAUGUUGAAAAAAUGGAAAGUCGAACUUUCACUUCAAAAGUUGGACAAAAAAUUUACUGACAAUUCCUUUAAAAGCAGUGAAAGUAAACCAUUCCAACUUAAAAACUCCAGGCUUGAUACAACAGCCAACAUUUCAAAAGCAAGCAGCACAACCCUUUCGCCGAAAGUGUUGCCUAACGAUUCAAAACAAAUUAAAGAGAGAGAUGAUACCCAAGAAAAAGUUUCACGUAAAGUUUCGGAAAGAGAGAGACUACGUCAUUUAGAGAAGAUUCUUCCACCUAUUGCACCAGGUGAAUAUGGUCAUCCUGUAAAGCUGAAGAAAGAAGAACUCCGGCCAGACCAACAAAAGAUUUAUGACGAACUCUUCAAGAGAAAUUCCUUUAACCAGUACGCUAGCGAUAUGAUUUCAUACCAUAGGAGACUUCCAGACAUAAGAAACCCAAGUUGUAAGCUAAAGACGUUUCCUAAGGAUUUACCUGCUACCAGCAUCAUCAUUUGUUUUCAUAACGAGGCUUGGUCUGUAUUAUUACGCACAGUUCACAGCAUUUUGAACCGUACACCAUUACACCUUAUUCAUGAAAUCAUAUUAGUGGACGAUUUUUCUGAUUUAGAUUUCCUUAAAGAGGAGCUAGAUGAUUAUUUUUCAGAGAAAGGAUCUGGGAAAGUUCGUGUAUUAAGAACAAACAAGCGAGAAGGUUUGAUCCGAGCACGACUUUUAGGUUAUGAGGCAGCCACUGGUGAAAUUCUAACAUUUCUAGAUUCUCAUAUCGAAUGCUUUUCAGGCUGGCUUGAGCCACUGCUGGAGAGAAUUGCAGAGAAUCACACGCGGGUUGUGGCGCCUAUUAUAGACAUAAUAAGUGAUCAAACUUUCGCCUGUGGAGGGUCAGAAAUAGCAGCAGUGGGGACAUUUGACAUUUCAAUAAUGGGGUAUAAGUGGCUCACUAUACCGAGGGAAGAAAAGGAAAAACACGGCCAGAUAAUGCCUUGGAGGACUCCCACAAUUGCUGGUGGGCUGUUCUCCAUUAACCGAGACUAUUUCACAAAGAUGGGGACCUAUGAUCAUGGAAUGGAUAUCUGGGGAGGUGAAAACCUAGAAAUAUCAUUCAGGAUUUGGAUGUGUGGUGGAAGUCUUGAGAUCCACCCCUGUUCUCACGUCGCUCACAUAUUUAGAUCCGUCAGUCCAUACAAGUGGGGCAGAAGUUUUGCGGAGAUUCUGCGGAAAAACGCAGUUCGUACAGCAGAAGUAUGGAUGGAUGAAUAUAAACAUGUAUAUUACGAAAGAAUUAAUUAUGAUCUGGGUGAUUACGGUGACGUAUCACACAGACAAGAACUGAGGCGACGUCUGGGAUGUAAAAGUUUUGGGUGGUACCUUCAGAACAUGUUACCAGGAAUGAAACUGCCAGAGAAGGCUCUAUAUAGUGGAGAGGUGCGUAAUUUGGAGAGUGGUUUCUGUCUAGACACUAUGGGGACCACGGCCAACAACAAAAUUCACACAAUACCCUGCCAUGGCCUGGGUGGAAAUCAGUUUUUCAGGUACACCAUUAGUGGCUUCAUAGAGAGAGAUGAGGCAUGUUUAACGGACAAAGAUGGCAGUAUUUAUUAUAUACUCUGUAAACAGAACGUCACAAAGUGGGAAUACACAAAGGAUCACGAGAUUCGGGUACAACAUACAAACAGCUGUUUGAGUUUGAACAAUAAGCUACUUAAUGUGCUUCCAUGCAACAACGCUCUGAAUCAGAAGUGGACUUGGACUAGAAAAAUCGAAGAUCCAGUGAUUAAAUGAAUGUGUAAUUUAAUUAGAACUAAAUUUUUUUCAGUAGAGUACCUAAUUAAGCUUAAUAUACUAACGCAUAUGCAUGUAUGUUUGAUUUGUGAAUUCUCUCCCCUGUGAGGUCUUAUUUAAUUGAAAUUGUGUUCGAUUUGAUUGUGUGCAAAUGGGAAUGUUACCUGAAUAUAUGUUCACAAUUUAGGGAAUUGACUUGAACAAAUAGAUCAUUUAAUUGAAAUAAGGUCAUUACUUAUACUA